UGGGAGCGUAUCAAGAGAGAGAUCUGGAGAUCAAACGUGGAGCUUAUAGAAAAACAUAACGCGAGGUACGCUCGAGGGGUGUUGACUUACAAGGUAAACGAGAACAAGUUUGCUGAUGAGCUUGCAGCAAACCUCUAUGUGAACAGAGACUUCUACGAAGAAGAUGUGGAUUAUCCCUGUACUUACAUGUUCAAUAAAUCUUCCAAUAAGAAGCUUCCAAAAGUGGUAGACUGGCGCUCGAAAGGUUACGUCACACCCGUCAAAGAUCAAGGCGAGUGCGGAUCCUGCUGGGCUUUCUCGGCCGUGGGGUCAUUGGAAGGUCAAAAUUUCAAGGCCACUGGUAAACUAACGAGCUUGUCUGAAUCACAGCUGGUUGAUUGUUCAACAACAUCGGGCAAUGAUGGUUGUGAUGGCGGUAACGUGAUCCAAGCAUUUCAUUUUAUUAAAGAAGAUGGAGGAAUCGACUCGGCCGAAAACUACCCGUAUACACCUGAAGAAAACUUUUGCAAGUAUAUCAGGAAACCAGUUGCAGCCACAGUCAGGGGAUCCGUCUGUAUACCGCCCGGGGAUGAAGAUGCUCUGAAGGAAGCGGUUGCUACUAUUGGUCCAGUCAGUGUUACCAUAGACGCCGAUGAUUCAACCUUUGCCCUAUACGACGACGGUGUGUACUACACACCAAACUGCAGCUCAAACACAUUGACCCACGCCGUGCUAGUGGUUGGGUAUGGGUCAUUGAAAGGCCAGGAUUACUGGCUUGUGAAAAACAGGUUGGUUAAACUGUGUAGUAAAUCUUGA